GUUAUGAUACCGGUAUAAUGGCCUCAAUAUUACGAAAGUUUAUUAUGGUUUAUCUCCUGAGUUAGGAAAUGUCCGUCGCAACCUCUUCUUCUUUAUCCCUACAGAGUUUAGUUCCUAGGAGUACAAAGCGUCUGGGCGCAACACAUCCCAGUCCGUUUACCCUCUUAGGGAAGACGUUAUCGCGACCGCAACCUCUGCAUCAGUAGCGCCGGAAAUGGCCGGUCAAGAUCGACCUCGUUGAUUCGCUAGAGAUUGUCGUCUCGGCUCGCACUACAUAACCACCUGGUAGGUAGGUAUUUACAAAGACCAUGCCGUCGCCGAGCGAGCAAGAACCGCUACUUCAGCAUAGUCAACCAGAGUCGAGCCGCAGUCAAACCCAUCUCACUAUGGCUGUAGCAGAAGAGAAUCCCGUGCCGAAUGGUAGCGGCGGUGCCGUUAGCAAUAUUGGACCUGACGAGGCCCGCCGUAUAUUGCGGCGCAUUGAUUGGCGAAUCAUGCCGCUUCUCUUCCUCGCUUACACCUUCAACUUCAUGGACAAGACUAUCUUGUCAAGUGCGUCGGUGUUUGGUCUGAGGGAAGAUACUCACCUCGAGGGCUCGAAUUAUUCCUGGGUAUCAAGCGUCUUCUACUUCGGUUACUUCCUCUGGGCGUACCCCACGACAUUGUUAGUCGCUCGCCUGCCGAUAGGAAAAUACCUUGCCGCCAACACAUUCGUAUGGGGCGCGGUGGUCGCCUUAACUGCUGCAUGCUCGAGCUUUGGUGGCUUGAUUACAGUGAGAUUUUUCCUCGGUAUCGCCGAGGCAACUAUUUCGCCGGCUUUGAUGUUCAUCACGUCUACGUGGUACACCCGAGACGAGAUUCCCGUUAGGACUGGUAUCUGGUUCGCAGGAAAUUCUGUAGGAGGCAUCAUCUCGUCGCUCCUUGCCUAUGGAAUUGGUCACAUUUCCGAUAAUAUCCACCCGUGGCGUUGGAUGUUCAUCAUUCUAGGCGUUGCCACUUUCCUCCUGGGAUUUGGGAUACUCUUCCUAUUACCCGAUACUAUUUCGGGGACCAAAUUUCUAACUCCGGAAGAGCGACAGUGGGCAGGGGACCGAGUUGUGAUAGCCGGUACAGGUCGCACAGAAAAUACGACCUGGAAAUGGGAGCAGAUGCGAGAGUGUCUGCAAGAUCCCAAGACGUGGCUUAUAUGGUCCGUCGCACUACUCUGCCAGAUCCCUAAUGGUGGCACCCAGAAUUUUGCAAACUUGGUUAUUAAGUCGUUCGGGUUUACGUCACUUGAGUCGACACUCAUUAAUAUCCCCUACUCCAUCAUUUCUGUGAUAGCCAUCUCCGGAACCGGGUGGAUAGCCGGACGCUUCCGAUCGAUGAAUUGUAUCCUCGUCGGUCUUAUUGUUAUUCCACCGGUUGUCGGAUCUGCGUUAAUCGGGAGCCGAAGCUCGAUUCCCCAUGGAGUCUCCCUAUUUGGGUAUUUUCUUCUAUCCACCGGACCGUCUGCGCUACCUCUACUUUUGUCUCUUGUCCAGUCCAAUUUUCGAGGUGUCACGAAGAAGAUGACUAUGACUGCGUUGCUUUUUAUUGCCUAUUGCACUGGAAAUAUUAUCGGCCCUCAAUUGUUCAUAUCCGACGAAGAGCCUACGUAUGACACGGCGUUCCGUGCAAUUAUGAUAUGUUACGCUUUAGUGAUAUGCCUCAUCGCGAUCCUCAGAGUAUAUUUACAAUUAGUCAAUAAACGGAGACAACGAGAAGAAGGGAUACAAGGGAGCGCCGGAGCUUCUGGCGCUGUUGGUGGGGGAAAAGUGGUCGACAUUGCCGAUACACGUAAUAUGACCGAAGCAGCCAAUGAGAUUCAACUGAGACCAGAAGACUACGAAGAUACAACGGACUGGAACAGUUUUGGGUUUCGCUACAGACUCUAAAGCACCUCACAUACAAAGAACAUGCAGCUAUUAGAAACUUAUCCGGAGUCUAGAGUUUCCUUAACCUACAAUCUAUAAUUUAUAAGGCAACCUCAACUAAUACCCAACUUCCCGGCUUCCCAGCUUCCCAGCUUCCAAUAAUCAUCGUCGUUAGUUCCUGAUCUAUACGGAUCCAAGUUCCAAUAGA